UUGCAUUGAAUAAGCGUUGAAUGCAUUGAGAAAAACAUCGCUUUCUUCUGUUAAGAGUGAACGCAAUCAUAGCCUCUGUUAACCACUCUAUCAGUAAAUUAUAGUUUAGUUUUUGAAAUGUUAUGUUUGAUUGACUUGUGAUUCAAAUGAUGUCCAGACGUGUUGUGGGAGUGAUUGUGAGAAGUGGUCGCAAACAAACCAACAAUUUUCUUAUGUAUGGCUUCAGUGAGCCCUCCGUUUAUCAUGCAUUGGUCGUCAUAUUCCUCGAGUUCUUCGCGUGGGGUCUUCUCACCACUCCUAUGAUUACCGUAUUGAAUGAGACGUUUCCGAACCACACAUUCCUCAUGAAUGGCUUAAUUGUUGGCAUUAAAGGAUUCUUAUCAUUCCUGAGCGCACCCCUUAUCGGCGCUCUCUCUGAUCUCUGGGGCCGCAAAUUUUUUCUAUUAUUAACCGUAUUCUUCACGUGUUGUCCCAUUCCUCUCAUGCGAUUGAAUACAUGGUGGUAUUUCGCGAUGAUAUCGCUGUCGGGUGUGUUUGCGGUCACGUUUUCAGUGGUGUUCGCAUACGUGGCCGACGUAACCACAGAACACGAGCGGAGUUCUGCCUAUGGACUCGUUUCGGCCACAUUCGCGGCCAGUCUGGUCACGUCGCCCGCGUUGGGCGCAUACCUGAGCGCUGUGUACGGCGACAGUCUAGUCAUAUUUUUAGCAACACUUAUAGCUAUUUUGGACGUUUUAUUCAUCCUAUUCUUCGUUCCCGAAUCAUUGCCCGAAAAAUUACGGUAUAAGUCGAUCUCAUUGUGGGAAACGGCCGACCCUUUUGUCUCACUCCGCAAAGUAGGCAAAGAUAAGACUAUAUUAAUGCUCUGUUUGGCGGUAUUCCUGUCAUAUCUGCCCGAAGCGGGUCAGUACUCCUGUUUCUUCGUUUANAUCUCAUUGUGGGAAACGGCCGACCCUUUUGUCUCACUCCGCAAAGUAGGCAAAGAUAAGACUAUAUUAAUGCUCUGUUUGGCGGUAUUCCUGUCAUAUCUGCCCGAAGCGGGUCAGUACUCCUGUUUCUUCGUUUAUUUGAGACUUGUUAUGAAUUUCUCGGCCGAAGACGUGGCGUUGUUUAUCGCUGUUGUGGGCCUGUUAUCAGUUGUGGCUCAGACGGCAAUGCUAUCAAUGCUGAUGAAGACAUUUGGGAGCAAAAACACGAUAAUGUUUGGCCUUUUGCUUGAAAUGCUUCAACUAAUGUGGUAUGGGUUUGGCUCUCAGACGUGGAUGAUGUGGACGGCAGGCAUUGUGGCCGCACUCGCGUCCAUCAGUACGGAUAUUAACACUUAUCCGAGUAUAAGUGCAUAUUCAUCGAUGGGCGCCGACGCCGACAAACAGGGUUUAGUUCAGGGACUCAUCACUGGUAUCAGAGGGUUGUGUAAUGGUUUGGGUCCAGCCGUCUAUGGGUUUGUGUUUAAUUUAUUUAACGUCGAUCUGACGCAUAACGUGCCGGUCGUCGGCCAAUACCCGGGCGGCGGAGAGAGAGGCGCUCUUAUAAUGAACGAGCAUUUAAUGAACUCAAGCAUUCAUGCAUUGCCUCAGAAUCAACUGAUUCCGGGCCCGCCUUUCGUUUUCGGAGCCUUUUUAGUGUUUUUGGCGAUUCUUGUGACAGCGAUAGGCAUUCCGGAACUCAUUCAAUAUCCGUCUCAACACAACAGUGAGAGUAAUCAACACAACAGUUCCGGAAGGACGGGCUCUAAAUACUAUUACACGUCAAUGCAGUAUCAAAGGGGUGACAACCAGUGCGUCGGUUCCAAUGCCAUGGAUGGUAAGGCAAGUCCUCUCGGAAGUGCUGACGAAGAAAAUGUGAGCACUUCUCUUAAAUCCAUUGCCAGUCCUCUCCGGAAGAAUGAGGACAAGAGUUUGGUUCGUUAUUUGCAUCCAACGGAUCACGAGUUAAGACAAACGAUAGGUUAUCCCAAAAACACAAAUAAAGGCAAAAACCGAAAGGAGAAUAAAGAGCAACAAAACAAUACAUUUAAUGUUCCUAAGGAUAUAUCGCUCAGCCUUGAGGCCAAACCUCUGGAACUACUAGAUGUGAUUCAAUUGCCAUACUAUGCGGAACUUCAAUGGCUUAUUGACUUCGGAGUCUAUGCUCUGAUAAUAUACUUUUUGACUGAAUUUUACUACUUUUUAGUCCCGAAUAGUACUGAAUAUAAUUUAAGUCUAAUUUGGUGUUCACUUGUCGUGGCCUUCAGUUUGAAAAUAUUGUUUUCGAUAACUGGUCUCUACUUCAGAGGUGGAGACGAAGCCAUAGGCGAGAGAUCUCUAACCAUAGUCUCUGGAUCUCUAUUCUUCUUGACAGCGAUGGUUGUCUUAAUAGCCGACGAAAACUUCUUGGAAUUUGGAUUAGUUCCGGCCUAUAAGAGCUUCAAUGAAAGUGCAUUUAAACUGUUAGAAACUCAAUCUCUGAGCGAUGGGGUGGGGAGUGGACCCACUUCUCUACUAAUGGUGAAGUUCUUUCUGUCCAUUUGGUGCGCUCUUAUCGGAGCCUUCUUUACAUUUCCCGGUCUUCGUGUGUCUAAAAUGCAUUUCGAUGCCAUCAAGUACUCCGCCAACGAUCGCAUCGCUCUGGUUUUAUUGAAUCUGAGUUUCAUUUCUCCGCUUUUCGUAAUACUAUUAUGGGUUAAACCGAUUGCCAGAAAUUACUUAACUGUCAAAACCUGGUCAUCGAGAGGCGCGAUAAUGAGUUCCGAUAGUUUCGAGACGACAAGAAUUGUCGUAAUACUGGUUGUGAUUGGUUUGCGAGCGUUUCUCACCCGUCGAUACCUUCAAUCGUAUCUGAAUAUCGCACCACAAAAGCUGACACUCAUGAAGAAAGAGAAGGGACGCAUCACUAAUGUUGAUCUCCAGAAAUUG